ACCGAACAUACACGAACAUAGCUCAUAAAAUACCAAAGAACUAUGUAACUAUGGAGAAAAACAACAACACUGAUGGUGACAGGUCAGACGUCGCAUCGACACCAGCCAAGACAGGAUCACGCCGGCGAGGUCGACCGCAAAAGGACUCUGAAAAUCCCGCAAUUGAGCAACAACGAGCUCGAGUGCGGCGUGCACAGAAGGCGUAUCGAACAAGAAAGGAGAAACACGUGACUGAACUGAAAGAGAAAUGUCACGAUCUCGAAGGCGUUGUUGAGGAUAUGACAAACACUUUCAUAGCCUUUAGCGAUAGCCUCCUCAGCUCCAGUAGUCUCGGCCCCGAGACUACCAAGGAGCUGAGAGAAACGAUGAAGAAGUUCAUUGUGUUUUCGGAGAAAGCGGCACGUGAUCCAUUAGAAGCAGCCCCUUCUUCAGACGAGAAUAUCGAGCCAUCAACAAUGGAUCCAGUUAUUGAAGACAGCGAUUCCUCAUCGAAGACGUCCCUCAAUGCCUUCCAGCCUCAAGCGCUAUCAUCUACGCCCCCAUUCUUCGAAACCGAUCCGAUACUUCGUGAUACUAGGGACCUUCCGCAGACUCCAGUGAUAUAUGGAACAAACAUCAUGGACUUCCCAAACAUGAAUCCCUAUGCCAACUACGGUAUAUGGGGCCUCAGACCACAACACGAACGCUCAAGCAUGAUCCCAUACGUCGUCGCUGGUCGCGAUAGCUUCGCCUCUCGCCUCUUCUACGGCUCCAUAGUUCGCAGCUUGCGAUCACUCCGUGGGGAGGGACCAGCAGAAGACGCGUACAGAAUAUUCCGGUUCAAGUUUCGAUACAUGAGCCCCGCGCAAAUCCAGACCAUCCUCGAUGGCCUGUUGGACACGCUCCUUCACGGCACAACCCAGAAAUUGGGGGACAGCGGAGAAUCGAUAAAAUCGGAACAGGAUAAGUUGCGGAUUAAGGCGCAGAUUGUGCGUGAGAUCGAGAUGAUGGGUGGCUCUGAGGAAGAGUAUCUCUCAACUUGGGAUGUUGAGCGGUAUCUGAGGAAUAAAUGGAGGUUGUCCUUGGAUUCGAAUUGGGUGAAGCUCCAGCCUAUGCUUGCAGCGCAAGACGGACUCCAGUCGACUAAUGUCCAUGGGAUAUAUGACAAAUAUGAGUUAUUAGCACCGACGGCGGUCCCUGGGUUCCCUCAGCCGAAGCAAGUUGUCUGGGACGUCUCGAGUCUGGUUGAGAAAUUGGAGGGCUUGACAGUGACAAUUGGUCAGGGGCCAAGGUGGAAUUACAAGGACGUAGACACUGCUGUCGAAGAAUUUCUUGAAGAGAAUCAAAGACUUUGAUCUCGAUAAUGUAUGUUAUCAUAUUGGUAUCAUUGCAUGGGAAAGAAUUUUCCCUUCGGACUCGGUGCAAUUUUGAUAAACAAGGGGAAAAAUGAAAGGUCUAUUGGGAAAGGAGUUUUUACGCGCAUAUUAUUAUGUUCAGUUCGAUACGUUAAAUGUAAU